AUGAGCUUUGAAGCGGUGCCGUGUAUGUUCAAGAGUCGGGAUGAGCAGGAUCGGGAAACGCCGCGCUAUGGCUUUCUCAUACGACCAGCCGGCUCUACUAGUACCGCGACCAGUACGACGAGUACUACUAAAGUAUUACCUAAAAAGGUUGGUUUUUGGAUUUUUUUUGAUUUUUGUUAAGUUUAGGGUUAAUUUUUCAUUUUUGAAGCAUAAGUGGGCUUAAAAUUGAAAAGUGGGGACAUGUUAUACGAUGAAACAUGCUCAAGAUUAAAACAUCUUUGAUCGUAUAACUUGGCUCUUUUUUAAAAAAUGUUUUAAAAACUAAUGUUCUUUACAUAAUAAAUGUCAUAGUAUGUUUAAAAAUGACAUUUUUUUUAAAUUUUUAAUUGAAAAACUUUAAAAUUUAAAUUUUCCCAAUUCCAGCCUCUGGUCCAACCUCAAAUUGUACCAGUCCCAUUGCCAGCCACUGCCAUUCCAUCCACGAUGAAGUUGACUUCAGUCGGGCCGGUGCCAGCAUCCGCCGUUCAGCCGAUGCCAAUUCUCAACUCACCUCCGAAGACGUUGCAACUGAAGCCGGCUUUCAAAGCACUGGUACCGUCUGGUGCCAAUAAGCAGCUUUUGGCUGUGAGUGGGUCAAUACCCUUGGGUUCGGCGAUUCAAAUGACUUCGAAAAGUGUUGUCAUGAGCAGUAGUGUUGCAAUGCCUAAGGGGAAGAAGGCUGCGAAGAGUGGGACACAGGUUGGUUAUUUUUUCGAAAUUUUGUUGAAAUUUUUGCGUUCGAAAAAUUUUAAAUUUGGUUUUUACGGGUUUUUUGGCAUUUUUGAGCUUAUGUUUAUGUCAAAAAGAGAUUUUCAAGUUUUCUAAAAUUUUUGAAAAUUUUGAUUUUGUCAUUUUUUAAAGGGGGGGGGGAGCUUUGUAUCUUAGUGUCAUAAGAUUAGUAACUAUAUCUAAUAGUAAUUAUAUUUUGGUCAAAAACAAACGUUUGAAUUACGUAUAAUACUAUUAAAAUAUUCUUUCAUAUUAUUUGACUGUACGGUGCAAGGUCAAAAGUUGUUUUCAAAUUUUCAUUGAAAAAACAAAUUGAAAUUUUAACUUUUUUAAGUGUAACUAGAAUAUAGAGACUUGAUUUUAAUAUUAAAUGUUGUUUGGAAUCUUAAAAAUCAGGUUAAAGAAUGGCACGGGGAAGGUUAAUUUUUUGGAUUGCACGGUGCAAGACUAAAAUAAAAAAAAAAUUUUAAGAAAAAUGAGGGGAAAAUGGGGAAUUUUAUAAGGUUUCGGGAUUUAAAGGGUCAUUUUUGUGAUAUAAAAUGGUAUUUCUAAAUUUAAAAAAUUUAUUAACUGCACGGUGCAAGCGAAAAAGUUAGGCUGCACGGUGCAAAAAAAAUUUAUUUUAUUGCACUGUGCAAAAAAUAAUGUUUAAUUUCUGUAUGUAAAAUACAAUAAAAUAUUUUAGAAUUAAAAUUUAGACAUUUUUUUCAAAAUCUCGUUUUUAGGCUAUUUUUUCUAUAUUUUAGGCUUAUUUAUUUACCUUUAUUAGGCUAUUUUUGAUUAACGUCAAAGCAAAGAUAACAAGGAAAUGAAAAAGUUGCUUUUGUUUCACUUCAAAGUACUCUUUUAUCACUUUUUCUUUACUUUCCGAGCCACUUUUCUUUAAAACAUUUUUUUAUAAACAAGUAUUGAUAAGGCUACGUCAAUAUUCUCUUACCUAAUUGCAUUAUAAUUGAAAUGAAAGUGUAAAAAACAGAGUUGUAAUUAAUUUUCUUGCUAAAACUAAUAAUUUUCAUGUACUUUUAAGUUUAGAAAUAAGGUUUGAAGGGGUAAAAUGUUUAAUUUUAGAGGUUUUUAGGCAUGAAUUUCUUAUUUUUUGGCGAUUUUUAGAAGUUUUAAGGUUAUUUUUUGGUUUAAAACAGUGUUUUUUAAUGUAAUGUUAUCAUCAAAGUAUUAUAUAUUAUAUACGUGAUAGUAUAGGUAUAUCUUGUAGUUUUUAAGGUUUAUAAUUAUAUUAUAGUAGGUAAAAGUAUAAGAAUACCGUUGUUUUAUGUCAAACAUGGUUAAGAUAUGUAAUGUUUUUAAAAAUGUGUACUUUGUGUAACUUCCCUUGGCCAUGAGGAAGUUGUUUUUUAUGUCUUGGUGACGUAUCUUCAUGCCACUUUAGCUAAAACAACUUGUUUUUGCUUUUGUUUUUUUUGAAAAAAAAAUUAAAAUUUUGAAUGUUUUGGUCAAAAAAUAUAUGGAAAAAUAAAAGGUUAUGUUAAAUGUAAGAUUAAAAUUCUUUUCUGUAUACUUUUGGACCUUAGUUUUGGUUUUUAGUAUUAUUUUUUACGGUUUAAAUUUUUUUGCACUGUGCAGUCUGUUGUUUCGACUGCACUGUGCAGUCACUUUUAUUUAUUUUGCACUUUGCGGUCUUUUUGUUUGUUUGCACUGUGCAGUCGCUUUUUGAAUGCACCAUGCAGUCUCUUUUUUUGCUGCACUAUGCAGUGUUUUCUUUUGAUUGCACUGUGCACUCUUUUUCUUGGCUGCACAGUGCGGUUUAUUGUUGGUUGCACUGUGCAGGCUAUUUUAUUCGUUGCGGGCGAACUGUUUCACGAAAACAAUCUGAAAUUUGUUAUUUUGGCGUCAAAAUUAAUAUGAAAUGAGCUUUGGAAUGACUUUUUUGAAAUAAUUUCGUAUUCCGACCUAAUAUGAUGUCAUUUGUGUUUGGCCGUGUUUUAUUAUUAUUGGCCAUGUUUAGUUCUUCAGUGAGGCGUAACGCAAUUAAUUGUAUUUUUAGCCUAUGAAAAAAAAUUUGAAAUCUGGAAAAAAGUUGUUGCACCGUGCAGAUUUUUUAUGAUUGCACAGUGCAAGCGUAAAAAAGUCACAAAUCUGAAAAUGAUUUUUUGAAAAAUUUAAGCAAUUUGUUGUACUUUUAUCAUUAAAAAAUUUUUUUGAUUUUACAUUUUUUAUGACUGCAUUGUGCAAAUCAAAAACCAUUGCACGGUGCAAAGCAAAGUUUUAAAAACUGCCUUUUCUAACCACUUGGAAAAUCCGGCUAUAAUAGAUUAAGUAGUAGUUUAAAAGUACGUACAACAAAAUAAUCUUGAUAUUGAGAAAAACGGCACGUAAUAAUCCAAUUUCACUUUACAACGUAAUUUGUUGACAAUACUUAGUUUCCAGUUAUUAAUUUUAGGAUUAGACAUUGUAAAAAGUAACAUAUUAACGUAGGAGCACAGAAAAGUACAGUUUUAUAUUCUUGUGGAUUGUAACUUUAAUUUUAUUGCGCUGUGCAAGGCUUUUUCGACUGCACUGUGCAGUCAUUUUUAAAAUUUAAGUUUUCAAUUUUUGUAAAUUUUGGAUUGGUGUAAGUCAUAGUCAUUAAAUUUGCCACAUUUUGUGAAUUACUACUUUUAACUUUGGCACAGCGAAAACGCUUAUUAGACUGCACUGUGCAGUCUUUGAUAUUUUUGCACGGUGCAAUGAAACAAGGCGAAAACUGAUGUUUGUUGGCUACAAUUUUGAGAAAUAUAAAUUAUUCUUGAAAACCCAUUGUUUAUGGCACUAAUUGUUAUAUUUCAAAAGUUGUUUUACAUAAAUAGCAUGUUUACAUUGAUUCCAUUAAUAGAAUAGUCAAUUUAAACAGUAAACAGACUACAUGGUAAUUAUACUCAAUUACCGGGUAAUUAUGGAUAUUAAAUUAGUGUUGAAACGGGUUCAAAAGUACUAAAGAUAGUAUUAGUGAGCUUGAGAAAGUAUUGUUAGGGUUAUUUUUGUAGGUUUUGGGGUUAGAAUUAGCAAAAAAUUGAAAUUUUUAGUUAAAAUGUGGUAGAUAACGGUAUUUUAGGUAUAAUUUUUUUUGGGAGCUUUUUUUUUACGCAAAUUUUAGCAAUAGAACGCAGUAUGUUUCUACCAAUUUGUGUGGCUUUGCUAUGUUUAGUCAAAAAGUUAUGGAACUUUAUGCAAGAUAUGCUUUUCUCAAAUUUUGUUGUUUUUUCUAAAAUUUGUUAUAAAAAUAUUUCGACCGGUUGAUUUUAAAAAAUUGUUGGCUUUAUACAUUUACCAUUAUCUAUUCUCUAAAUUUUUGUCAAAAACUUGUACUUUUAAACAUGUAAACAUUAGGAAACAAGCUCCGACUGUUGUCUAACCAAAUUCGUAUAGUUUUAAAGCGAUUAAAGGUAUUUUUAGCCGGUUUCGCGGCUAUUUUUGGACCCAAGUCCGUAAAAGCAUGUAAAGCCACAAGUGACAAAUAGACUUUUUUCUUACUCGUUUAGUAUGGGCACGUAAACAUAAAAAGCUGCUAUUUAUGGGUAUUAUACUAGGAUUUGGUGCUAUAAUUAGGUCAAAUGAGAGUAAUGGGGGUUGAAAGUGUGGAUGGGGGUUUGGAAAUGUUUAUAACAUGUAUAAAGUGUCUAUAAUAUGUACGAAAUGGGUUUAUAUAGAAGUAAAAGUAGGAAAUCUCGAAGGAAUCGAGAUCAAAAAAUUAAGUUUUGAAUGUCCCGCCAAAUUGGCUUUGUGUUUCAAACUUAUAACUUUGCCAUUUUUUGACUUUUGAUUAUUUUUCUUUUAUAUACUAGUAGAAAACCUUUAAGUAAACUUAUAUUUUUAAAUUUCUAAGCGUAGCUUGAAUGGAAAGUCGAAAAAAGUGCUUGAAACACAAUGCCAAAUUGGCGGGAAAUCAAAAUAAUUAAAACUUAAAAUUCAAAAGCGCGAGCUAAAAUUUUUUAUGGGUACUAUUGGUGGUACAAGGAAUUCAUAUAAAAAUUUUGAGCUGAUUUUGAGUGGGGCAGGGGUACUUUUCCUCCCAGUUCGUAUACAACAUAGGAGACUAGAGUUUCAUGGUAUAUAAGGAUCUUUGUGUGAAACUCGAAAUUUUUGUUUACUUUCAAGCCUCAGAAACGUAUUUUUAGUUUCAAUCGUCUUGUUUUUCCACCAAAUUUCGUAAAUAAACAAGCGAUUUCGAUACAACUCGACUUUAUAUUACACUAGACAUGUGUUUCUCUAUCUUUCAUAACUGCCAUUUCUUUUCUAAUCCCCCCUUAUUUUUGUUUGUACACCCAGUUGAAGUGUUUAUUGUUUUUAUUUGUUUUAUUAUCAGUUUGGCGGACUGAUAAUGCUGAUUCGAGUUGUUCUAUUGUUUCCCAACGGCCUGAGGCAUUUAAAACGACUUUUUCGCUAUUUAAUUUUGGUUUUGUUACUAAUUUGGAAAGAAAAUUGUAGGAAUUAGCGUGCAAAAGGGUUUUAACAUAAAGAAAUGAGUAGAGUAUAGUAAAUUGAAUGUUGUAGUAGAUGUAUGGUUUAUAUAUGUAUGAUAUUGUAGUAGGGAAUUUGAUGUCAGUUGGCAUGUUUUUACUCUGUAAAAUACAUUUUUAAUGUUUUAGAAUGUGUAAAAUAGCAUUUGUUAUUGUUUUUACAUUGUUUUACAUCAAAAACAGCACUUGGAACAGAAUGCCAAAAAUGGCGGGAAAAUAAAAAUUUAAAUUUUUUGAAGAAUUUUAUAUAUGAAAUUGUAAAAAAUAUCUUUAAUUGUUAUUUUAUUGUCUUUAUAUAUGAUUCUUUUAUUUUUGGACCGGUUUAGGGUUUUAAAACGGAAUGCCAAUAAACCCGCGAAAAAUUUCAUUUGAAUUUGUUUCUAUUUUUUGCCUAAAAGUAAUCCAAAAUUGUAAAAGUUUUAAAAGAAUUUAUUUAUUCAAUAAUAAUGACAUAUUUUAUAGAAAUGCGCCAUUUCUGAACCAUCGACGAGUAGCGAGCAGCCUGCGCCCACAACGAGUACGUCGUGUCGAAUGAGCGACCUGCAAGAAGACCUAAACUCGAUCGAAAUGAACCAACUCAUGCCCACGAAUGGCGGCAUCAACACUGAAGAGUAUUUGGGCGGACAAGUGCCCAUCAGCCAACAACCCUACUACGGUAACGGCUACGAUGGGUACUACUGUAACCAGACGGCUGGCACGUCGCAGAGUAGGUUUCUAAAAUUUAAAAAUGGUAGUAAAAUUGAGUUUAAGUACGUUUUAAAAUUGAUUUUUUGCAUGCUUUUUACUAUUUGUAACUAUCAUAAUGACGCAUUUUUUGAAAAAUAUGUCACGAUGACACAUUUUUGGAAUUUUAUAAAAACUGUCAAAAAUGACAUUUAAAGUCAUUUCACGUUGUAUUUAUGCCAUUUUUAGUGCAACCCCACUCAUCAACGUCGAUGAAUCCCCAACAUCAAAUACCGUACACUUACGAAUGUAACGUCUACCCCUCCACCUCCUACCAAAACACACAAUACUACAGUCAAUGGCAAGGCCCGGUACAUCAACCUGUUCAUCAACAUCAACGUGUACAUCAAAUUCAACAACAGGUGUCGACGUCACCGGACUCCGGGAUUCAGUCCAUCGACGGCUCUCCACCCGCUAUGGCAUUCACCCCGCCGCUGAGUUCGGACGCAUUCACCGCACAUGCCAUGCCUUUUGACCCGGCAGAACCCACGCCAGCGUUGCAGCCUCCAUCGGCUUCAUCGGCGGCGUCGUUCAAGGCUUCCACCGUUCCGUGCCAAAGCGAGGAAGCCGACCUCUCGGACAUGCCAACCCUGAUUCGAGCUGAUGUGGAGGCAUCUCCAGAAUCCGACGAAGGGCCGAAAGCAGGACUGUCCACUGAGUCUGAUGCACCGAAUUUGGAUUCAAGUCCGGUUUCGAACCGCUCACGAUCGGUUUCGGUCCGGCCCAGCUCCGCCAUGAAUGAGGACGUGUUCCAGUUCUUGGCCACAAUGGGACCAAACGAGAUUAUCAACAAGCUGAAAGAUCACUGGGAUCCGGAAAAGGUCGGUUUUACUUUUAUUUUUGGGUUUUGGGGGUGGAUUUUAUUUUGGAGGACAAGUUAUACGAUGAAACAUGUUUCGUCGUAUCAUGUUUUAUCGUAUAAUUUGUCGCUUUAGGGACAUAAGGUAUGAAAAUGACGUUGUGGGUUUUUAGAGAUAAUAUAAUAAUAGUAAAAACGUUAGAUUUUGAUUUUUUUUAAAAAGGAGACAAUUUAUACGAUGAAUUAUGUUUGGUCGUAUAACUUGUCGUAUAAGAAUUGAAAUUGACAAUUGAGCAUUGAAAAUUGAGAUUAAGGUUGACAAAGGUAUACUUCUACUAGUUAUGAGUGUAAAUUUUAUAUAUUUUUUACUUUAGUGACAAGUUAUACGGCGAAACAUGUUACGACGAAACAUGUUUCAUCGUAUAAAUUGUCUCCUGAAAACUAAAAUUGAAAUUUGAGAAUUGAAAAUCGAAAAUCGAAACUAAGGUGGUAAGACUAACACUUUUACUAUUUACAAGUUUAAAUUUUCAAGUUUAGUGAAUUUAUACGCUGAAACAUGUUUCGCCGUAUCAUGUUUCAUCGUAUAACCUGUCACUAAAUUAUAAAAUUAAAAGUUUGAACACAUAUAUAGUACAAGGGUACCACUUACAACCUUAGUGUCAAUUUUGAAUGCUCAACUAUUAAUUAUGGUCAAUUAACGACAUGUUAUACGACCAAACAUAUUUUAUCGUAUAACUUGUCCCUUUCUGACUAUAGUCUAUCCACAUCUCAUAAAGUCAUUACAAAAAGGCUGGUCAAGGUUUUUGGCUAGCAGUCGACGCGAUCGCAACAACAAUGUGAUUCAUUUAUUGCCUAAAAACUGCCAUUCGUCUUCACCCCUUCCUCACGUGACAGCGGAACGUUGGCUGCGUUAUAAAUGGAGCGUUGGCUCUCUGUUCCCUCACGUUUUUCUUGCCAUAUGUAAUGCGUUUUUUAUUGUUUGCGACACGAGAGUGUUUAUACGGAAGUUUAAUCACGUAGGUGGUCAUGGAUAACAUAAUAUUGUUAGUUAUUGUUGGUAUUAGAGGAAGAUUGGGAGGUAGACACAAAAGUCUUGGCGUUUUUGAACGGGAAGAACAGUGUGUAUUGAUGACAAAAGUUUUGGGAGUAUUGGCUAGACUUAAUGACAUUCGGUGAAGGUCAAAAGAUGCUAGAGUAAUAUAGGUAUAAGCUAUUAAAGUAUUUUUUUUUAAAUUUUUCGAAAAUUUGGCAUUUUAAAAAGUUUUUCGAACAAAAUUUGCGAUUUUUUAAAACUUUUUUAUAAAUUGUCGUAUUUUACAUAGAGAAAACGACCGGUAACGUUUUGUAACAGAACUUUUGGCGCACCCUGUAAACGUUUUUCCCUAAAAAUGCUAAUAGAUCUACAUGUUUACUCUACGUUUCUCUGCAUGUUGACAAAGCAAUGCCCAUAAUAGAUGCGCGGUUUCGAAAGAACAUCACGGCACCUCUCGUCUGAUGUUAUCCACCCCUUUCUCUCUGUCUUUUCGCCCCGCUCUGCCCACUAUUUUGGUUUUUUUUAUUCUGGGCGGUGUUCGAAUGAAAGCGAGUUGCCAAAUGUAAUUGUACUAUUAUGUACGCGGUGUAAAGUUAAUUACUGCGCUUUGUUUGUCAAUGUCAUGCGAUUAUAGGGGUGGGGAGGCCUAUUAAUAGGCUUCACCUUAAAUUAUAAGUCGAGGUUUUGAAAAAUUAUUUUGAGGUUUAAAAAAUGAGGGUUAUGUCGAAGAAUGGCAUUUUGCACAAUUAAAAAAAAGUUUAUUCACUUUUGACUCGGACAUGUUUCAUCGUAUAACUUGUCACACAAGGUCAAUUUUAAUGUUUAAAUGAGUUAAAAUGUGAAAAGAAGGGUGACAUUAGGUUAAAAUAAGAGAAAGAAUGGCAGUUUAUCCAAUUUUCCAAAAAAAGUUUAUUUUACUUUUGACUUGGGCAUGUUUCGUCGUAUAACUUUUCACUCAUUGACUGAUUUUAAUAAUUUUCGUCUUAUGAAAAAAAGAGACGUUUUUAACUUAAAAUAUUUGAAUUUCGCGUAUUUUACAAUGGAAGUAAGAACUUUUUUUUGGUGCCAACUUAUACUAUGAAACAUGUUUGGGUAUAUCAUAACAUAAGAUGAUCCUACUGGUAACACUUAGCUGUAAAUACUAAAAAACACUUUAAAAAUACUGAGCUAUGUCAUUUUACAUUUAAAUGUAUUUAAAUGUAUAAAAGAUUACUUAUGUAUCACUCCUAAUAGUCACAACACAUAAUAUACCAUGGUAUGUCGUUCGUAUGUGCCGUGAAUAAUCCGAAAUACCAUCCUCGAACAAUACCCUCAAAUCCUCUUCGCCAAGUCGGCAGUCAAUUACUUUAGAGGGCACAAACAGAAUGUUUUCAUCAGCGGAUAUGAGGAUGUUUGCCUAAUAGCCUCGAGGUUUUUCAAGAUUAGCCAGGUUUUUACGUCUUAUUUAUAUCAAAAAGUAAUGUCAAUAGGCUCGGAAUUUAGUUUGUCAUCAUAAAAUGCCAUAUUUUGUUCACAAAUUGGCAAAAUUUUGAAAAAAGACACAUGUUACACGAUGAAACAUGUUUGAUGAAACAUGUUUUUUUUGUAUAACUUGUCACUUUUUUUGAAAAUUUAAGCAAGUUUUUACUAUAGUAUGGAAAAGUUAGAGCUGAAGUACUGUUUUUAAAUUUCAAGCGGUUUUGUACUUUCGGAGACAUCUUAUACGCUAAAACAUGUUUUGUUGUAUACAUGUUUAAUCGUAUAACAUGUCGCUUUUUGAAUUUUUUAGGAUGUUUAAUUGAGAAUGGUAAAACUAGUCGUCAUAAGGCAUUAUGUUUAAAUUUACAUCAAUUUUAUUAGCAGGAGACAAGUUAUACGAUGAAAGAUGUGUUGUCAUAUACAUGUUUCAUCGUAUAACAUGUCACUUUUCAAGCUUUUAUUAGUAUUUCUAGUUGAGAAUGGUAAAACUAGUAUGAUAAGGCAUUAUUUUUUGAAUUUACAUUUAUUGUGUCAUCAGGAGACCUGUUAUGCGAUGAAACAUGUUUUGUUAUAUACAUGUUUCCUCGUAUAACAUGUCAUCUUUGCAAAUUAUAGCUUCUUUUUUGACGUUUCUAGGAACAGGAAAGGAAUAAGAUGUAGAAUAACUAAGAGUAUGUAAUCAUAACUUUUCAAACACUACAAUCUGUCAUCUCACACUACAAUAACAUACUUAAUGCCUACAAUUACCUCUGUGUUAUAUCAGUGUUAUAGCCGUAUGUUUGUCAUUCAUUGGGCCGUUAGUACGUCUACAUACCGGCUUGUUUACUGUAUAAAAAGCGUUCGUUUCGGCCUGUUUCUAUGGAAAUUCGAAACCCAAUUCCCAUGAAUCUUCCAUUGCCAGCGGGCCGAAAGGCGUGGCCACUGACUUUAAUCUUGUAAUUACAGUCCGACAAUUGUUACAACCGACUCCGCAAAAGGUUGUUUGCACUUGACGAACAAGGGAUGAGAGGGUUUGUUGUCUCGAGUUCGAGCGACGCCGGGAUCAAGAGGUAUUUAGGAUAUUACACUGGAAUGAUAGGAAGAUUUUAAUGUUUCUAAUAGUGUUACUGAUAGGACAGGUGUUGAUGAAGCCGGAAUUGGACAGGAAAUGAAGCAGAAGAUUCUUAAAAGUGUUUUCGAUUAAGCGGUUAUCCUGGAAUUACACUGGGAAGAGCAGUAGAAGCUAAAAAUUAUAUAACACUAGACCUAUCUGAAUCAGUGAGGGAAAGCUUGAUGUAGCUGAGAGUAAAACAAGUUUAAGUAUAUGAAUGGCAUUUGGUUUGAACAAGGAGACUUUGAGGAUUCUAAAAAUAGAUGAUCUACCUGCAUAGACGUAUUGAGCUUAACAUUAGAACGAAAAGUUAUAUUACACUAGACCUACUUGAAGCGGGGAAGGAAAAUCUUGAUGUAGCUGAGAGUAAAACUAGUUUAAAUAUGUGAAUAGCAUACCGUAUGAAAAAGCAGACUCUGAGGAUUGUAAAAAUACAUAUUUGAAUAUAAAAAACUGGUUGGGCUUAGCAUUAGGAUUAAAAACUAUAUUGCACUAGGCCUAUAUCACCUGUUGGGGGAAAAUUCAUCAUAACCUUUGAACUUGACAAUAUAGAACUUGCAAAUCAGUGAUAGAUGAUACAGAAAAGACAGUAUAUUAUAAAAAUAAUAAUUUUUGUUUAAGAUUUUAUGAAAAUUUAAGUACUUGACCUUUUAAGCCCAUCCACCUGCGCAGCAGAAAGAAAAUUAAUGUAUUGACAAAACUAAUUGACACAAAAAGUAAAAAGAUGAAUUUAGAAACGUUUUCAGUUUUAAAAUUUUUAUUUUGUUUUAAAUUUCACGAUUUUUCGAAAAAGAAAUGGCAGAACCGUUUUUUCCGGGUUUUUCGCCAAAGGCCAAGAAAUACAUUUUUACUGUCCGAAAAGCCAGAUUUUACCUUAAGCCUUUUAACUGUAAAUUUGUAAUUUAAUUUUCUACAAAUUUCCAAAAAAAGCAAUUUAGUUAAUUGCAAUGCGUUUCUUCCGAUCUGGCAACUUAAGCAAGGGUGCAGUUGAUACGUGCGGGUUCGAAUCCGGUCGGGUGCAGAGGGGGUUUUUGCCAUUUUUUAUGACUUUGGAUUCAGAAUUUUGUGGAAUAAUUGGAUAGGAUGGAAAGAUAUUGAGUUUCUGAAGUUAUAUUUUUUUAAAUUUUGAGAAAGUAUAUGUAAAGGAAGUUUCUGCGGAGCGUUGAAGUUGAAGUCCCUUUGAAGUUCGGCGUUUUUUGGGGGAAAACGGUGAUUUUUUAUGAAAAUGAAGAUGUAAAGAAAGUUUUCGCAUUCCAUAUCUUUGUUGAUAGAAAGAUAUUGUCUUUUCACGUUAAAUUUUUUGUAAACAAAGUUUUUGCAGCCUAUUAAAAGCACUUUACAACCGUUUUUCGACCAUUUUCCCAUCUUUUUUGCACAAAACUUGUGACUUUUGCGACGUUUUUCAACCCAAAAACAUAAAAAAUACCGUCGCACGUAGUCAAACGUCACCUUGCACAUGUUUUCGGUCGAAAAAAGAAGCCGCGAAUUAGUUCUCUGGCCAUGUGAGUGGUGUACAUUCAUUUACUCGAAAGUCCUACUCUAACAUAAUAUCGAAGUAAACAGGUUAUUAAUGCCGAUUGUCGGCUAAUUAGACCAGAUUUGGGUGGGAAUUAACUUAAUGUCACGUUAUGGGUAUUAGGGUUUCAUAUUGUUAGGUUUGAUGCUAUAUUAGGGUGAGGUUUGUGGAGGGAGGGGUGAUUUUUGGAGAAAAGGGUAGUAGUAAGGGUAAUAUUUUAGGUAAUAGAGCUUUGUCUUGGGUAUAUUUGAGCCGGAAAUUUCAUUUUAAAUACUAUUUUCAAAUUUUUUUAUUUAAUUUAAAAUUUUUUAAAUUUCAGAUCCAAGAAUUCGAAAAGUCCUUUAUGAAAAUCACAAAGCCCGAAGAUCGGCCGCUGAGCACGAUAAAAGACGCAACCAACUCGUCACAAUGCCACCACGACCCCCUCCCCGUGAAACCGCUUCUGUCCCUCCACGAUGGCUACAAGGAGAACAACGAAAACGCGAUGGAACUCCCGACAAAUCGACGAAACCUCAAGGAAUAUCGCCGGAAUCUGAUCCAGAAACUGAACCAACGCAUGAAACGCAUGGUCGAAGAGGUGACGAUGCGCUUCAGCAAGUGUAAACUCAAGAUUCGACCGGAUUAUCGACUGGCACCAGCCUUUUGUGCUUUGAAUUGGCGAAAAAUCGAGGAAAAUGCGAAGAAAUCGAGGAGAAAACUGCGAAACAGCGAAAAGUCGACGGUUCAGAAGACGAAAAAGUUUGAAGAACUUCAGAAGCGAAGGCAUACCUACUCGGAAAGCAGCAAAUCCGCCUUCAAAAGCCUGAAACGAAAGGAAGAUCAAGAAAAAAUGAAGAAAAUCGCAAAGAAAUCGACCGAAAACACCAAAAAAUCGACUGAAAGUGCGAAGAAAUUUGCCGAAAAUGCGAAAAAAUCCAGCGAAACACCCAAAAGGUCAAGCGAAACGGACAAAAAGUCUUCAGAAUCCACGAAAAAACACAACGAUUCAACCAAAAAGCCGGUCGAAAUUGUGAAGAAAGAAGAACGUCGUGGUAGAAAGCGAAAACACCCACUACCGGAUUCAGAAUCCGCAAAAAAAUCAGCCUCAAAGCCGGCCAAGACCAUGGAUAAUAUGCUGGAUGUGGUUCCGAUGGUUCGAAAACGCAAAAGAUCAAAGAAUAUGAAGGAUGAGUAUAUUAAAAUCAGAUCAAGUAGGUUUUUAGCUAUAGGUUUGGAGGUAUUGGGAAAUUUUCGGGGUUGGGUCUGAUUUGUUUUGGCAGUUUUUGGGCGGUGAGGUCGGGUAAGGGGAAGAAAUAUUAAAAUGCGGGAAUUUUUGAUAAUGAAUGUUAGAAAUAUUUUUUGAUCUGAUAGUAGGCUUGUAUUUGCCAAGGUUUAAAAUUAUAACGGCCUUUCAAAAGUUCUCGGAUUUUUUGCACGGUGCAAUUUUUAAAAAGUAUCGAAAAACUGCACUGUGGAGCACCUUUUAGGCUUUUUAAUGCCAUUUUGAAGACUAUGAUCAAAUGUUUUUUAAAUAUGAAAGAAAAAAUUUUAAAAAUACUAACUUUUGCAUUCCAGAUGUCCUCCUAGACCAGCCACCCCGCCUACCCGAGCCAGAAGCGUGCGAAUGUGAGCCAGAAGAAGCGUGUCUAACCAAAAACUGUCCUCAUCGUGCCAAGAACACGGAAUGCACCCAAUCAACGUGUAGCAUCCACUACGAAUGCCGAAAUCGUCGUAUGUUGAGCAACGAAGCCGUCCACCAGCUUCAGAUGUUCGACACCAAAGACCGCGGUCGAGGCAUUAAAACCACCGUAGAUAUACAAGCCGGACAAUUCGUAUGUGAGUACGUUGGCGAGGUAAUGAAGCUAGAGUCCUAUCAGCUAAGGCACAUGAUGAGGUCAGUGGAACAACCUCGAUUCGGAGUCCAAUUAACUCCAAAUUAUGUUGUGGACGCCACCAACAAGGGUAAUAUCGCCAGAUUCAUGAACCAUUCCUGCAAACCCAACUGUGAAAUGCAACGAUGGCAAGUCGGAAAUCAAUACCGCCUUGGUAUCUUCGCCAAACAUCACAUCCCAGAAGGUCAGGAACUCACAUACGACUACAAAUACCACGCCCGAAUGGAACCGGCUCAGGAAUGCAAAUGUAAUGAGCCACGAUGUGCUUCAACAAUACCUUCACAAGCACCACCAAGACCAGUGCUGGAGCCGGAAAAGCUGACGAAACAAGAGAAGAUCAGUGUCAAGGAGAAUCGACUGUUUUUAUUGAGAAAUUUGAGGAAAUCGACCAAGAAAUCAAUUAAUUUGAAGCUGAAUCUGGACAAAAUUUUUGAGAGAUUAGAGGAGAAUGUUAAGAACGGCCAGAACGUUGAAAAACCGGAACAAAGUCUGGAUGAAGUUCUGAAAAAUUCGACCAAAAUCGACAAAAACAACGAAAAAACGGCCAAAAAUGCAGGAAAAUCAACCAAAAACGAAGAGAAAUCUCCUCAAGAUCAGAUGCCAGAAGAAGAAACCCCCUACGAUCUGAUCGAAUUCCUGACCACAUUAUACGACGACCUUAUCCAACACGCAGACAAGGUGAAGAAGACCAAACUAGCCCAGCUAAAGUCCCAAAUCCUCAAGGUUUUCCGCCUCAAAACCUCGGAAAUCCAACUACUCCAGGCCUUUGACAAUACCAUCAAGUUCUGGAUGAAUUCGCUUCAAACUUCCUGUGAAAAGCGACAAAUCGAAUCCCUCAGGUCACAUUACACCCACAUCAAGAAGAACAAGGAUGUGCUUAAGUUUAUGCAAGACCAGAAGGCCCUUAAUACCAAAGAAGCCGUCAAAAGCUUCACCGAGGACCGAAAACGCACCAGUUUGAAUGGUACCACCGCGAAACGCACCGAUACAAGAGUACUAUCGGCCGAUGCGGAUCUAACAUACAUGGAUAAGGACCUAGAACCAGUGGGAUCGUACAACAAUGAUAAUAUGGUGUGUAUCGAGGAGAACACGGACAGCAGCGAUUGUGUUAGAUGUGUGUGUGGUAUGUUCGAAGACGAUGGAAAGAUGGUCGAAUGCGACACGUGCAAGUUCUGGCUUCACGCUGAUUGUGUCAAGUAGGUUUUUAUUUUGAUGUUGGAAAGCUGGCUUGAUAAGGUUUUGAAGAUUUGCUCUGAAAUUAUUGAAAAAUCGAAGAAGAAAACGCGAUAUUUUUAUAGGUGGUUUGAGGAGAAUUUAAAUUUUUCGAAUUUAAGAGGUCAAACGGCAAAUCUUUUUAUAAUAAAAAUAUAAAACAGAUAUCCCGCUACAUUUCUAUAACGAUCUCUUACUGUUUUACUUUCAAAAUUGUAAUUUAUCGGCUGAAAAUUUCAGUCAAUAUUUAUGAACCGCAUCGCCAAUAUUGACUUAUCAUAUUUUCGGAGAAAAAAGAAAUAAUCUUUCCUUUUCCAGAUACGACAGUAAAUCCGACGACUACGAAUGCGAUUUCUGUCUGAAAAGCAUCAAAUCCCCUCCAAAAGCUGAUAUUGUGCUGAAUCCACAACCAGACGAGACUCUACCUAACUGCACCUACUAUCGCACCUUGGUAACCUCUCGUGGACUUCAAGUUCGCAUCAAUGAAGCCGUGUACGUUGAAAAGACAAUCAACGAAGACUACAAGGUCAUUCUGAAGCAGUUGCUGGAUCAAACACCAAAGAAAAAGGCCAAAAAGGGUGAUGUUAAGGAGGGAAAGAAGAGUGAGGUGAAGGAUAACAAGAAGAUUAAGAAGGAGAAACAGGAAUGGAAAAGAAGCGACUUGAGAUGCUUCAGAAUAGAACGUUUGUUCACAGGACCGAACGGCGAAAGAUUUGUGUUUGGAUGUUAUUACGCACGACCGCAUGAAACGUUCUGCGACUCGAACCGCUUGUUUCACAAGAAAGAGGUAAGUGUUUGUUGUUAUUUCUUUGAUGUUUAGGUACCUUAUUACAAAAAGAAGGUUGUGGAGAUUAGGAAUAGUUUUUAAAGGUUACUGGAGGUUAGGGACUUGCUUUUCUUUAGAAAAUUGAAACAUUAUAUUAUACUAAACUAUAGUUAUGAAAAUUGAUGUUUUUGACUAAAAUGUCGGCAUUUGAGACGAUUUUUUAUGAAUAAGAGAGAGCAUUCUGAGGGAGCUAACAAGUACAAAUUUACUUGGUGUCUUAUUUAUUUUUGGGUCAAAACAUUUAAAAAUAGGGGAAGACGAUGUUACACUAGGUGGCUAAGGAAAAUCACUGUUUUUGCUGCUAGAUUUAGUUUGAAAAUGGAAUAAUUGCUUAAAGAAGAUAGGAAAGGAUUUGAUUAAGUUUUACUAAUAACGAUUUACGAAUCAAAACGUUACAUUUUAUAUCAUUUUAGCUGUUCUGGACUCCUCUCUUCAACACCUUACCCUUGGACGCCGUAGUCGGUCGCUGUUUGGUACUAGAGCCAAAUUCAUGGUGCGAAGGUCGACCCAAAGAACCAUUUUACAAAGAGGACGAUGUAUAUGUGUGUGAGUAUCAGAUCGACAAGUCUCAGCGGACAUUCACCAAAAUGCCAGCCAACACCCAUUACACUCCGAACAAGGAGAGCUACGUCUUCAACAAGUUCACAGAACCAUUAAAAAUCAAGCGAGACUUUACUCCGUUUGUAUUGACAAUGGGCGAAAAGAAACCGGACCGACAUGAGACUCGGGACAAGUGUGUCAGCUCGGCCAAGGAAUUGGUAGGUUGUGUUUGAUGUUGUAGUAGGGAAAUUUGAUGUAGCUUAUAGGAAGGUGAGUUUAUCUAGGUGAAUUUUGGUUUAUUUUGACGGGAAAAGAUUUUAGAAUGUUUUCUAUUGGGUUUCAAUGGUAUAAGAAGAUUGGAAAUGGCAAAGAUUUAAUGGUUUUUGAUGUUAUAGUAGGUAAAAGUAGACAGUUUAAGAAAGUUGAUGUAACAGAAGAAAACCAUGGCCGAUUCUAUUAAUUUUAGAUUUAUUUUAAGCUAAAAAGACUGGAAAAUGCUUAUUAUAUUUUUUUAAGUAUGCAACUAUAUUAGAAAUGGCAAAAUUUUCAAGUUUUAGAUAUUGUAGUAGGCAAAAAUGGGUAAAGUUGAAGAAAACUAGAGUUUUUGAAAAUAUUAAUUCUUAACAUCUAUAAAGUCUUACUUAUUUUGUUGUUUUAGAACAUGGAGAACCUGAAGGCAGUCAUAGCGAACAUUGAAAAGCAUCAGCUUUCCCACAAACCACGAUCGAAAUAA